AUGGCCGAUUCGACCCUUGCUAUGUCGCAAAGUAUCACCGAAGAGCCUGGACGGUUGUCAAUAAACUCACUCCGGGGCGGGAAUCAGCAGCAGCCGAGCGACUCUCAGCGCUCUAACCCGAAGUACUUCCCCCGCGACAGCCAAAGUUCCACCACGGCCAAGCGAUUCCGGAUGCCACGCUUGAAACGAAACCGAAGCCCUCUUUUCCCUCUGCCGCCGAAAGUCUCACAGUCAGCUGGAGGUGUGGAUAGUCGUCAUAAGUUCCCUCCGGUAGAUACACCGAAAUCCGAGCAAUCAGAUGGUCAUGACCAAGUUUCCCCGCUGCAUUCACCGUCCCGUUCCACCGUGGGACUUGCUACCACACCUGUACCGCCGCUGUUUCGUAACGACUCGACAAACUCCACUCGCUCGGUGCGAUCCAAUCCAUCAUUCAAAAACCGAGGACGUUCUUCCACCAUGGGAUCGCUGGCCGAGAAUCAAGAUGACUUGUCUAUACCCCCAUAUCUAGCGUCUUCGGCACGCACCUCGACUUCGACCAGUGGCCGCAAGAGUUUCAGUGACAUGUUCAAUCUCACGCAGCGAUUGAGACAAAACUCCUCUCCGCCCGCUCCUCGCUAUGGUUCUCCCGCAAUUGGCGGGGCAUCUACCCCCACCUUGAAAGCAGAGCUACCAGCAAUCCCGAAACGAGAAGAAAACGAUACGCCCGCUUUGUAUCUAGAGCGUUUGGAAGAAAAACUACCCCGUGGUAUAAUAGCGGGUGUUCUUGCACAAUCAGAUGAGGAGUUCUUUAAGAUUUGUUUACGCAAAUAUAUGAGAACCUUCUCAUACUUUGGCGACCCCCUCGACAUGUCAAUCCGCAAGCUCUUGAUGGAAGUCGAGCUUCCGAAAGAAACACAGCAAAUUGAUCGUUUUGUGCAGGCGUUUGCUGAUCGCUACUACGAAUGUAACCCAGGCAUCUUCACAGCCUCCGAUAAUGCAUACUUUAUUGCGUUUUCCCUUUUGAUCCUUCAUACCGACGUUUUCAAUAAGAACAACAAACGGAAGAUGCAAAAAGCGGACUACAUCAAGAUCAGUCGGAGUGAGGGGAUCUCGGAGGACAUCCUUGAAUGUUUCUAUGAGAAUAUCUCAUACACUCCGUUCAUCCACGUCGAAGACGCUAAUCUGCCUGAACGCCAUUUGGCAAAGCCACGGCGCACUAUUUUCAAAAGCACUAGCACUGAGAACUUUGCCCGGAUUGCGCGGGAGCCUGUCGAUCCAUAUUCGCUCAUCCUGGAAGGCAAAUUGAGCUCCUUACGCCCCAGUCUAAAGGAUGUCAUGAAUCUAGAUGAUACGUACAAUCACUUUGGUACUGCGGGGCCACCAGAUAUGGAUGCUCUUCACCAGGCCUUCACCAAGUCUGGGAUUUUGCAAAUCAUCUCUCUGCGCUCUCGUCCUGAUGCGUUCAUGCCGGCUAGCUUGGACAGUCCGCUCGACUCGAAUCCCGGUCUAGUGGAUAUCAAAGUUGCCAAGGUCGGCUUGCUUUGGCGAAAAGAUCCUAAGAAGAAGAAAGCCAGAUCACCUUGGCAGGAAUGGGGAGCGAUCCUCACAUUCUCUCAGCUCUACUUCUUCCGCAAUGUGAACUGGGUGCGCCAACUUAUGGGACAGAAUGAGGCAUAUGUCAAGAAUGGCCGUCGUGGGACUCUUGUUUUCGACCCACCUCUUGCUGAGUUUAAGCCGGACAAUAUCGUGUCAACUGGCGACACCGUUGCCCUCAUGGACUCGAGUUACAAAAAGCACAAAUACGCAUUCACGUUUGUACGACACAACGCGAUGGAGGAGACGUUCCUUGCUAGCUCUGAGCCCGAAAUGAAUGACUGGCUUGCGCAUCUUAAUUAUGCUGCAGCCUUCAGAACCACUGGUGUGCGCACCAAGGGAAUGAUCGCCACUAACUAUGAAGGUCAGCGAUACCGCAAGAGCCAACGAUUAAGCUCGAUUUCUUCACAAAAAUCUCACCAGUCGACGGACAUAGAGCCUCCCUCGCCGAGCAUAGAUACCGACAUUGUUGCCGAGUUUGUUGCUGCCCGUCAACAGUUGAUGAGCCAAAAGAUUCAAGAGAGAAACGAAAAGCUGUCCGUAUUGCAAAAGCAACUGGAAGACCUGUUACAAAAUGCUCGACACUUGCAGCUUCUCACUCCGGUUCAUGCUCGGGCCCGCGAAAGCGUGAUCCUGGCUGCAGGCCGGUUGUCUGCCAAAAUCAAAUGGGUGAGACAAGAUAUCUGGCGUAGUAAAUGUUACCGCCAGGUUCUCCUGCGAGAUUUAGGGGAGGACGAUGAAGCAGUUGAGAGUAGGGUCGGGUCGGUUGCUGAACCGACACCAUCACAGUCGGAUGGAGCACGUCUGGCCUCUCUUUCUGGGCCGUCUUUGGCAUCAGAGCCAAGUGUGGAUCGAGCUGGUAGUAUCAUGCAUACUGUCUCGGAUGAUACCCCUGAGACUAAUGCGACUCCGGCCGAGCAGCCGUCAGAGACUGGAUUACUGGCGAAACCCUCGAAACAGGAACUUCGUCGUCCCAGUAUCCCGGCAUCGUUCACUUCAUCCGACAUAUCUCGCGUCGGUCGGCGGCGCUCUGCUGUGGGUGUCCCCGAACGUGCGAAGUCAUACUCGCCCGAUCCGACGACUAUCAAACUCGAGCGUGAAGCAUCCGUUCUCAGCCGUGCUAGUCGGUGGGAUGGAGCUAGUCUUGCAUCUAAAACGUCAAAACUGACAUUGCCUAUGAGCUUCGAUGACGGUGAAGAACGCGUUCUAAGGGAAGCUGGUCUAUUAGAAUUGCCGGCCUCGCCAUCAAUUUGCAGGGACGAAGAGAUCGCACCUGACGCAAUCCUCGGACAAUCCAGCGAAGCUGACGCAACCCCAAGCGACAAGAGCGAUAAACCCAGUCGCGUACGUCGCAGCCUUCAUCGCACCCUUCGUGAUUCGCAUGUUCAUAAAGGCCACUCACACUCAAAGAAAAAACGCGGCUCGAUAUCCAGCACUGGGCAGGAGGAAGACGAUCAAGUAUCGGGUGAAGGCGAAGUUCUUCCUCGCAAGGCACCCAGUUUCACCGUACACGGCAAGAAAGCGUCGAUCAUCACCUUCGGUUCUGAAUGGCAAAACAUACCCCCGGAAGAGCGCCUCAAGCUUCGCAAGCCCACUCCACAUGAAGAGCCACGGACAUCAGAACCUACUCCUAUCGGCAGCGGUGAGUCAAUGGUGACCGACCGCAGCCCGGAACGACCUCACUCGCUGCGCAGCACGAGCACCGCCACCGGCCGAAGCGUGCGCACCCACGACGAUCUGGCAGAGUUCAAAGAUGCCCAGGAAGAGCAAGAGCAACCAGAAGAAGAUAUCGGGUGCCCGGCUUCCCCAGUGGUCACUUCAUUCCCGACUCGCGAUGCCAAUCUCCAAGACACCGAACCCAUCAACUUUUCUCCCUCUUCCACAGUCUCCAAGGGCCAUCUUUCCGCACCAAGACACGACGGCUCCCCCUCUCCAUCUUCUACGUCUAUCAAUGAACGAAUUCUUGAUACACCAUCCAGCGAAAACCUACGUGAGCAGGCCGUAGGCGCCUGA